AUGGCGGUAUUAGCCGCCUUGUUGGUCGUUCAGGCGGUACUACACCUUAGCUGUCUGGACGCCUUCCGCGUCGCGCCGUCCGGGCGCGGAGCGGUGGGUGGUCUUUAUCGCACCUUCGUCGAAGAACGCUUCAGAAAUGGAUCACUAGCAGGCUCCGGUGCCAGUGGCGCUGUCGGUUGGCAUGGAAGGUCGCCCAGUCACCUCCUGAUGACCUCUUCGGAUUCCUCUGAAAGCCUCGGCGAAAGCUAUUCUACAGACAACACGGAGAUGCCGGAUAAUGGUAUGGAGGCGGACUACAAUCGGAAUGAUCCGUUUGGCUACAACACCCCGUCCGAUAUCGGCUCCUCCAUGUACAUGUUGUUGCGCGUCUUCGAGAGUUCUAGAAUGCGUGAAGAGGGUGAGCUUUACGAGAUGUUGCGCGGAUAUCUGGCGUCGUUGGUGCAGGAGGGAUUCUUCAACAUUCGGGUGUUCCGUGACGCUGCCGGCAGCAUGCCCCCGCUGUUUUCGGUAGACUUCAACAGCUUCAAAGCCUACGAUUUCGUGCGAGCACAACUUCUGGCGCGCGACCCGUCCGCAUCAGAGAUUCUGACCACCUUUUACUUCCAUAUCUCGAGGUUCAACCCGCCGCCUGACUCGUACGGCGUGCGGCCGCGGUCAUAUUUCGGCAUGUCUCGCUACGGGCGCCGGUCCAGUCCGUUCUCAUCUCGGCGCAUUCCACGUCGGUUGUACUUCGGACCUCCUAGUUACGAGCGUGAGAUGGCACCACAGUACCAGCUGCCGCCGCCGGGCGUCAAUGCGUUGUACCAGCCGUCGCCUCCACCUCCUCCGCCCCCGCAGAUAAUUCCGAUGCACAUGCCCCCCAUGAUGCACUCCCCUCCCCCGCCUUACAUGGGUCCGAAUGGCCCCAACAUGUCCAUGACUCACGCUCGGAUGUGA